AUCUCAGACACAGUUAGACUUACAGGUGACACUAAAAUCAGGCGUGAGGGGGUUAAAGUUCAGUAUGCGAUGGUUCAAAUAACAAACACGCGUCACACUCUGAAUAUUUGAAUAUCAAAUUUUAUGUUAAAAAGUCCUGCAGCUCUGCAGGUGUCAUUUGCAUCGUGGCGACCAGACCUUUACUGCAGCCUUGAAGGAGCCAGUGUGUGUGUGUGUGUGUGUGUGUGGAAACACCUUGUUUAUCUUCACCUUAAGGCGGGGCGUGUCUCUCCAGGUGCGUCAGCUCAGGUGCAGCAGGAUGAAGCAUCCUCCCGUUACACCGGCGAGCUGCUGCAGCUUCGAUGCCUCCACCAUGGAUGUGAUCCGGUUCAUCGGCGGGUGCGUGCCCCUGUUCCUGGCCGCCAUCGUCUUCGAUGUGGUCGGCGUCGUCCUCCUCUUCGUCGGCAUCUUCGCCAACGUGCGCCUCGACGGACGCUUCUACGGCGACUUCUUGAUCUACACCGGCUCCCUGGUCAUCUUCUUCAGCCUGGCCGCGUGGCUCAUGUGGUACGUGGGGAACAUCCCGGUGUCCGAGGACUACGGCCUGAAGAAGAAGAGCAGCGGGGUCGCCUUGUUGGCGAGGAGGCUGACGGAGAGGCUGAGCAGGAGGCUGAAGGGCGAGGAUGGAGAGAAGUGCGUCAAGGAGGAUGAAGAGGAGAGCCAGGUGGAGUCACCUCCACCUCCGCGCAAGGCCAGCAGGGUGACAUGGGGAAGAUCCACAGGCUACCAGAAUGAAGGGUACGACGGGACUAUGGACUCCUCUGAUGAGGAGAAGGAGAAGGAGGAGAAGGAGGAGACAGAAACUGAAGAAACUAAAGAAAACCUGGACAUCGAAAUCUGAUUUCAUGGUAACUUCACCCUGUGCAUGAAGAAUGCUGCAGCUUUCUCAGGCUGAACUUUCUUCUUUAUGUUUUUUAAGCAGGGCUGUAGCAAAGACUUGCAGAUAUCGGGGGUCCAAGGCCCCGGUGCAUCCCCCACCCCGCUCAGAAAAACGACUAAAAAGACGGAAAUUCAUGUUUUCCCUUCAAUC